CUUUCAAUUCUAGAGAGAGAGAGAGAGAGAGAGAGACGAAGGAUAUGUCUGCUGGCAGAAGAAACUGAUAGAAAACUUUCAAGCCCACUUUCUUCACCAUCACUCAACUACCCCUCUCCACAUUUCACUCCCCUAACUCUAAGUCUUUGUAUAAUUUUCCCCAAGCUCUCUACUUCUCUCCCAUCUCAAAUAUCAAAUUAAUUUUCCCCCUUUUUUCUUUUACAAAAAUAAAUAAUUAAAUCUGUCUUUCUCUGUCGGUUCCAUGAGAUCAGAAGCAAAUUCAUUAGACCUCAAUAAUCUACCUGAAGAUUAUACCAGAGACGGCGACAGCUCUUCCUCUGCCGGCGGCUACAGGAAAAAGAAAAGCGGCGCAAAGGAUGAAAAAGAUGAAGCUGGGAAGGUCUACGAGUGCAGGUUUUGUUCCCUCAAGUUCUGCAAAUCUCAAGCCCUUGGGGGACACAUGAAUCGCCACCGCCAAGAGAGGGAGACGGAGACGUUGAACAAGGCGCGUCAGCUCGUAUUCAGCAACGACGUAGCUCCGCCUCACCUAGGUUAUGUUCCGAGCAGUGGGCAGCCGAUUUCGCAAGGAGGGUAUCAUCAUCAAGCGAGCAGCAGCAUGGACGACGCUUUCAGAUCCAUGUAUCCUUCUAGAAUGUUCCCCGCUGCUCAGCCGCCUCCGCCGCAGCAGCAGCAGCAGGGGGUGCCGUACGGAUUCCCUUCGCCGCCGCAGCUGCUGCCCGUGGCUUCCCACAGCGACUACUACGUGGGCCACGUCCUUCCCAACUCGUGCUACGGCGCGCCGCCCCCGGCGCCAAACGGGAGCUACUACACCUGCAUCGGCGCCCCCGUCGGCGCGCCGAGGGGCCUCGACGGCGGCGGCGAGGCAUCGAUGCACAAUCAGGAUGAUCAGGGGCUCAACUGGGGCCGGAGGUAGACCGUUUAGUUGAAGGAUAUCAAUUUGAUCAAGAUUAAUGGAAGAUUCUAGCUAGCUCCGUUUGUUUUUGUAUCUGUGUGUGUGUGUGUGUGUGUGUGUUGAUGGUGGCUGCAACUGAAAGAGAAACGACAUUAAUCCGACAAAAAUGUGGAUUGCAAGGAGAGAAAGAGUUUUGGAGUUUCACACCCUUUUUUCACCUCUCAUCACACAUUAAUUCGA